ACUGCGCAGGCGCCGGGCUUGGAGACCGGAAGCGGAAGGUUGGAACGCAUCUGGGCACCUUUGUGACCAGUAGCCAUGCGCGCCUUGGAGAAACCAGGGCCUUGCCCCACAGCGACCCCGUGCGGGUGCGUGAAGCCGGCUCUGGAGACAGGGAAUCUUUUAACUGAGCCAAUUGGCUACUUGGAAUCCUGUUUCUCAGCCAAGAAUGGUACUCCAAGGCAGCCAUCCAUUUGUCGCCAUUCAAGGGCUUGUUUGAGAAUUAGAAAGACCAUUUUUAAUAAUCCCGAACAUUCCUUGAUGGGCUUGGAACAGUUUUCUCAUGUUUGGAUUUUGUUUGUUUUUCACAAAAAUGGUCAUUUGAGCUGUAAGGCAAAAGUUCAGCCUCCUAGGUUGAAUGGUGCGAAGACUGGAGUUUUCUCCACAAGGAGCCCACAUCGUCCCAAUGCAAUAGGACUGACCCUGGCCAAGCUGGAAAAGGUAGAAGGUGGAGCUAUAUACCUUUCUGGAAUUGACAUGAUUCAUGGCACACCUGUACUGGACAUAAAGCCCUACAUAGCUGAUUAUGACUCGCCACAACAUUUGAUUGACACUUUAGGGGAGUGUAAUGUACAGAAUAAUGAAUACGAACCAAAAACCAUGUCCCGCUCUGAUGGCGAGACUGACAGCUGUGCCCAGCAACAGCUCUCAGGAUAUGAUGAGCCACAGCCCUGCAGUCGCACAAAGGAGGAACCUAAAUGUCCCGAAGACAGAACUUCAGGAGAAAAUGACAUGCAACGUGGUGACACAGCCAGAAUCCAGCGAAGCUCGCCUAAGCACAGGGAAAUAGCAGACUUGAGUUUAGAAUCAAGAAGUGAUCAGGGACUGAGUGUGACAGAGGAGCAAAUUAGCCCAUAUCACCUCGAGAAGAACUUUUCAGAGGAGGGUUCAGAUAAGAGGCCAAGGAGAGGGAAAGAAGCAGUGGUCCUCCAAGGAAACAGUGCAGAAGUGCAGCCCGUGGCUCUUCACCGCCCUCCCAGGAUGGCUGAUGCAGCCCACCACAGUGUGGUUCCCGCCUGGGUGCGAGAAGCCCCUGUGGCCACCUUGGAAGUCCGGUUUACUCCUCACGCAGAGAUGGACCUUGAGCACCUCAGUUCAGGAGGUGAACCAGAUGUUGGUCAGGCUUCGUUUAAGUAUUUUCAGUCAGCAGAGGAAGCCAGGCGUGCCAUCGAGGCUGUGUUGUCAGCCGACCCUCGGUCUGCAUAUCGACGGAAGCUCUGCCAGGACCGCCUUUUCUACUUCACUGUAGACAUAGCACACAUCACUUGCUGGUUUGGUGAUGGCUUUGCAGAGGUUCUAAGGAUCAAGCCGGCUUCUGAGCCUGUUCAGAUAACUGACCCUGCAGAGUCCUUGGUGUCUCUGGGAUUGUAAGUAGCUUCCAUCACAUCUUUAAGACAGCCUUUUUGACUUUGGUUAUGACUGGUAGAUUUUUCGUACAAGCUAAAAGCAACACUUUGUGGUCUCACUGCUUUGAUUGAUUUUAGUUGUUCAUAAUAUUUAUUUGAAAAUGUAUUUUAAUAAAUCAAGAGAUAAAACUUAAAGAAAUUGUCAUAUGUUUCUUGAUUUGUUAAUAUUGAAGAAUCCAAAAUGAUGCUGUCUCAGUGAUUUCUGAAAGAAGCUGAUUGUUCUUGGCACUUGAUAAAAUUGGGCAGAGAUCAUUUUAGCAGGGGCUUUCAAGCUGAGAGGACCUGUUCAACAAUGCAUAUGGGUUUUCCUGUUUGGAAAAGCCUGACCUCUCUAUGUUAUCCUAAAUCAAACUGAGUUACUAUAUCUUAGGAAACUAACAAACCAAAAACAAGUGAUUAUAAAGAUCUUCAGAGAUUAAACCCCUGUGCUUCAGCGACUGUCUCACGUUCACACACACAGACACACACAGACAUAAGUAUAUAUAUUUAAUCCCAAUUCCAAAAUAGAGUCUCAGAUUUCUUAGUAUAAGAAAAGAAAAUCACCCCCAGAGGUCUAAGAAAAUAACUCAAUUACUGGUUUCUUAUUUAUUCUAUGACUGUCUAUUGGGUUAGGUUUUGGUGAUAAAAAGAGAUGAAUAAGAUGCAGUUUUUGCAAAUCAUAGUGGAGGAAGAAGACAUAAGGACAUUAUUGCAUUACAGUUAGAUAAAUAUAGUAAUUAAGUCUGUAUGUACCUGGUUCCUGUGUAGCACCUAUCGCGUAGGAAGCAGUUGUAAGAAUAUAUUGCCUAUAGGUGAUUUUAUUGAUGUGAUCUCAGAUAACAAGGUUUAUGAUCCGUGUAACCAAAUUAGACGCCUGUAAGCAUGACAUAGACUUUCCUAAUCACAAUUGUAAAUCUUUAUAAAUGAUUGAUCAUGUUUUGAAAUGAGCCCUGCUGCCUGCACAUUCUUGCACAGAGUCAUUUGUGGCUGAUGACACAGCACUCAUGAAUCAAACUGGGUUGCCUUGAGGUUACUUAGGACCUCUUGGGGCAGUAUCUUUCAUUUCAUUUUUAAAAGAUUUUUAUUUUGAGAUCAUAAUAGAGUCACAAGAAGUUGCAAAAAUAGUGCAAAGCCCCAAGUGCCCUUCACCCAGCUUCUAGUUGUGAUAACCUCCUACAUAACUAUAGUAUAAUGUUAAAACUUGGAAGUUGACAGUGGUAUAAUCUAUCCUAAAUUUUGGCUGAUGUUUUUCUCUUAAAAUGAUUUUGAGACUGAAUCAGAGCUUGAAGCACAAAAUGUUACUUAAUAUGGAAAAAAUAAGUGUGAGGACAAUACCAAUCAGCCUUCUAGCAAGAGGACUGUUCAGUUGUUUGGGGUUUUAAUAUAUAUUCUCAAACUUUUAAAACUAAAAUCCUAAAUGGAAUCGAGCUUAGUUCUCUGCCAGCUCACCAGUCUCUUCAAUAUUCUUAGUGUUUGACCUUCUAGCCUUUGCUUAAAACCCUCAAUGAAGAUCCUUCACCUCUGUCCUCCUUAUAUAUGGACAGUGCUCAUUAUUAAAAUAUCCUUCUUUUAUAUGAGAUAAAGUCUGUUCUCUGAUAACUCCACCCUCUACUGGGACCACAUAGCAUCAGGCUAAUUUCAUUCCAGCUUCCCAUCCUUCAGUCCUCUCUUAUGUGAACACCUGUUUUCUUCAACUGUUUCUCAUAUAACAUUUUGGAAACCUCUCUCCUCCCCAAUCCUUGAGUACCCCAGUGUCCUUUUGUGAGGAAUUUUGGAUCUCUAGGUCCUUAACUUCCAUCCCUCAGAAAUCGAAAUAGUUUUAAGCAAGUCGUUUAUUUUUUUCAUCUUGGAAACUUUUUCAAAAGAAAGGGUCACAAUUCUCUAUGCAAAAA